UUUGUUUUUCAUCGAUAAUCCUAUUUCCACCCUAACCUACAAAAUGAUGAAAGCCGUCGCCUUCGUGUGCCUGGUCGCGUGUGUGGCUGCUCAGCAGCAAUUCGUGUGGGACCUGUUGAAGCCGGCGCUGAACGCGGCGGAAGUGCAGGCCAUCCUGGCCAACCGGGACGCCAACCAGUACCCCAACUACAACACCAUCCCGCAGACGGGAUUCAGCUGUCAGAGCAAGAAGCAGCCGGGAUUCUACGCCGACACGGAGGCCCAGUGCCAAGUCUUCCACCGCUGCGACAUCAACGGCAACCAGACCAGUUACCUCUGCGUCAACAGCACCGUCUUCAACCAGGUCACCCUCAUCUGCGACUACUUCUUCAACGUCGACUGCCAACGAUUCUCUGCCUAUGAGAACUUUGCCAACUCCCGCUUGUACACUGACCAGCCCCUCUUCGACACGCCCCCUGCUGACUACAUUCCUCCCGGAGUUGGAGCUCCCCAAAUCCUGGCUGUUAAGCCUGUUGCGCUCAAGAGCGGAAGGGGAUAGACCGGGCAACCGCCCUUCUGAAGAAGAGGAUCUCCAAUGAAAAUGUUAUAAGGGCAUCCAUUGUCAGCAUGAUUCUCGUUUGGAGACAAAUUACUGCAGAAUGUUCCUAAACAAAGCACCGCACUGAUUCGUGGCUGUCGAUUUGUCAUGCAGCGUUACGAAAAUUGCUGUUGGUGAAUAGCUUUAACCGACUGAGGUUCAAGACGGGAAUUUCACACCAACCGAUUAAAGUUGACGGAGU